GUGAAGCUUUAGUAUUCUAUUUACCGUAGCUCGAAACGCAUCGGAUCGUGUUGUCCGUUAGUUCAAAUACGGUAGCAACAGUUUGAGUUUCAAAUAUUACCAUGUAUUCCAUAAAAAUAAUUUCCAUCGUGUUAUUUACAUUGCAAGCAAUCGAAAAUGGUGCCACAAUCGACUGUGACGCUCCUGUUAAUACUGAAAACAAGGAAAGCGAGUUACUCCAAAAGCUACUAUGCAAUUACGACAAAAGUGAACGACCCGUCAAGAACCACAAUACUGCAGUAAACGUUACAAUGUCAAUGCACGUUCAAAAUUACGAUGUGAGCGAGGGAAAGGCGACGCUCUAUCUGAAUGUGUGGAUGAGCUCUUCGUGGAAGGAUGAGUACCUAAACUGGGAUAGAGCAGAGUAUAGCCUAGACAAGGUAGUGAUCGAUUCCGACGAUCUAUGGCGUCCAACGUUUGUUGCCUUUCAUAAUAUAAAAAGUGGCAAUGGUGCUAACGCCUGUGGAACCCAUCCCUGCGAAGUAAAGCAAACUGGAGUGGUCCUCUGUGUUACCCCGUGCCAGUAUGAAGCUCUUUGCGUGAGCGAUACGGUUAGCUGGCCAUUCGACAGCCUAAAGUGCACAAUGUUCCUCGGCACCUGGUUGCAAGACGUCAAUCAAAUCAACAUCAGCCAAAACUCGAACGUAUCCACGCGUGACAUUGAGGUGCACCAUGCUGAAUGGAUGAUCAAGUCGGUGAAGAAACUCCACAUAUUCCUACCAGACAAUACUAGCUACCCAUCGUUGGAGUAUAUCUUCACGAUGCAACGUCAUGUUGCUAUUUAUGCUGCUAUUUUGACGCCAGGAUUCUUGAUGAUAAUAAUUGAUUUGGCUGUCCUGUGGAUGAACAGCGGCAGCGCCGAACGACUGUACAUACUCUGUGCAACUUGUAUGGGCCAUUUUACCUUCAUGGAAUACCUCUACUGGCGGCUACCGUACCACGGCGAGAACGUUCCCCGAAUGCUACUUUUCUUCCGUGAUUCUCUUAUAAUUAACGUUCUGCUGGUAGCCUUUACCAUCAUACUGCGACAAACGGCCCCGAAAGCUGAUAGCGAAGAGCGCUUAGUCGAUAAGCUUGCCGGCAGGGUAGCUUCAACGACGAUGGGUCGUGUAUUGCUUCAAAUAGACGAUACCGUUGAUGCAAAACAAUCAGCUACGAUCGACGAAGAAAAUGUAGAUACUGAUAAUUCCAACAAACUGCGGACGGACAGUUUUGAGGGUGAUACUGUGAACCUAGUAUCCGAUGCACCCGUUAAUGAUGCGCCGGUUACAGCGCCAGUUAUUGCUAAUCACCAACGGGGUACUUUAGUUAAUGCAUUUUUAGAUAGAAUUAUGUUUAUUUCCUUCUUACUUUGUUACGUCUUCAUGAUCUGCAGCCUUUUGCCAAAGGAAGUAAUGUAAACUUAAUCUCUUCGAAUAAACGAUGACCGUCGUGCAAGAAAAAAAAA